CCAAACAAAGAGGACUGUGACAUGGACCCUAAACGCGGCUACGUUUUGCGUCCCAAGCUGGAAUGUGCCGUCGGUAGUUCAUAGCUCCAUUCAGGUCCGCAACCUGCACCACUUCCCUCCCCAACAAAGACCCGUGGGGUCCAAAACCCACUGCAGGGAAGCUCAGCUCCGGCUAGGGCUCCAACCUUCCGUACAUCAUGGCAGCCCCCGAAGGCUUCGCUCCAGACAUUGUCUUCCGUACAACAUGGCCACCCACAGGACGCGCGCCGCAGCCCCUCCCACCCGGCCACCGGAAGUUUCCGUUUGAAAUCCUGGCUGCCGCUGAGCCUGGCAGUGAGGCGGUUGCCGCGGAGCGCUUUUUGAAUCAGAACGACGAGGGUUACGGGCCGGAGCAGCAGGCACCUGGGGCCCAGCCUUGCCACCUCGUUACGAUGACCAGCGUGGUUAAGACAAUGUACACACUGCAGCCUCCCUCAGUGCCGAGCGGCGGCCCGCCCGCAGACACACAAAUUCGAGCCACUUCUAAGAGCUUAUUACCUGUUAAGUCUAAAGAAGUCGAUGUUCCCAGACUUCUUCAUCCAGGUGUUUCAGAGAACGAUGUUAUGAAAAUCAUCAAACCAAGACGAGAGAAUGGGCAGGUGAAAGCUGCAGACACUGCCAUCAAAAGGAACGUCAAAAAGAGCUACAAACCAUUGAGUAAGCAGAAAUCAGAGGAAGAGCUCAAGGAUAAGAACCAGCUCUUAGAGGUCGUCAACAAGCAGUUGCACCAGAAGUUGACUGAAACUCAGGGAGAACUAAAGGACCUGACCCAAAAGGUGGAGCUGCUGGAGAAGUUUCAGGACAACUGUUUGGCAAUAUUGGAGAGCAAGGGCCUCAAUCCAGGCAGUGAAACUCUGACAUCACAGCAAGAAUCCAACACGGAUCACGUGGACUCUGUGUUGCUGUUAGAAACUUUGCAAGAUGAACUAAAGCUUUUUAAUGAAACAGCCAAAAAGCAAAUGGAAGACUUACAGCAGGCCUUAAAAGUAAAGUUGAAGAUGAAAGAAGAAGAGAGGACCCGGUUCCUAGAACAGCAGACCUUAUGUAACAGUCAAGUAAAUGAUUUUACAACAGCUCUCGAGGAAAUGGAGCAGCUAUUAGAAAUGUGAUAAAAAGCAAAUGACCAUAUGGCUGUCUCUUGGGGAUUAACGCUAAGAGGAAUCCACUGAGGACAUCUACUUCUUGGCCAUGAUCUUCUAGGACUCACCAUCCCCAGAAUGAAAAUAGUUUCUGCAGUAGGCUUAAGGACAGUUUGUGUUGGAAUAGCAGUUUCUCUUUUAAGUAAGUGUUCUAACCUUCAGAUUGGUCAGCUCUCUGAAGCUAUCAUGUACAUAAUUAAGAUCUACAAGAGGGCUGCCUGGACACUUGGAUCAACUGAGGCAACAAAGCAACAGACGCUCUGUUAGAAUUGGGAGACUAAACCAGCCACAGCCAGAGAAUCCAAAAGGUCACAUUCAGAUGUACGGGAAGAAACCCUUAGUUGUACACUGGAGCACAGGUGCUCCACAGGAAGUAUCACUGAUGAGCCAUGCGUUCUCCUUCUAAUUUGGAACAUAUUCUGUCCCAUCCUGGUUGGGCUCUAUACCUCACUGUAAAUUUAUGAACUUAAAGUUACUUGAAAUAGCUUAGUAAAUGGGUUGAAGGUUAAUAGCAAUAACACCUACCUGAAACAAUACACGUUGGAGCUUUUAAUCUAAGUUACUUCUGGUUUUUUAUAUAUAUAAAAAGAAAUAUCUAAUUAAAAGAGAUAUUUCUUUCUAUAUAUAGAUAUUUCUCUAUUCAGAUUGCAAUAUGGAGAAGUAAAAAAAAAAAAAAAAGUAAAAAAAUGACCUUUUAACCUAAAUGUGUUCACUGACUACUACUAAACUAAUCUAGGAGUUCACAGUUCCACCUCAAUUUAACCCAGAAUAUUUCUCUUCCAUCCAUUAAUUGCUCCAUGCCCACCCCACCCCGUCUUCCAGGAACAUGAGCCGGCUUUCUGAGGGUGCCCCCUAUUUGUAGCAGUGGGCACCACACUCCAUCGGCCAGGUUUGCGUCACCAGCUGUCUCCCUGCACUCCUAAGCGCGGUUAUGUACCUGCUGUCUGCUUUGCACAGCCAAUCCUGACUUGGUUCAUGGAUCCUUAAACAACUGAAGUCCAUGGCAGUCUGCCCCAACCUGGUUUACCAAAGACACAGCCAUAUUUCAUUUCUUCGUCAAACUACGCAGUCUUUGGCUAUCUCCCCUUUUUUCUGCGCCUACUAAUUUUUUCGCCAAACCCACCCACCAUGCAGGAUUACUGAGGUGGCCCAGAGCCACCCAUUCAGGCCAGCUAAUGCCCCCACCCUAACUUAAAGGGCUAAAAAUCUUUGCCUUCACACGCAAACAUUCGUGCAGUUGGUUAUGUCCCAAAUAUUUUGAGGGGGAAAUCCAGUUAAAUAAUUCACACAAAUGAAAAGGGCUAAACAUUUUCUUCUACCCAUUUUUAGGAUGUUUAUAGUUUAAAACAUUAUUUACCCAAAUGAAUUUGUAAUUGCUCAUUCAGGUCAAAAUAAAGUUUUACUUCCUUCUUGGAAGGAGAGGGUGGGAAAUUCAGUUGUGGGAUUCUCACCUCCUUGUCAUGCCACCCUCGUUAACUCCUGAGAAAGGAAUUACCUCAAUGUCUGUGGUUACUCAUCUUCCCCAAUGUAGAGACCCUGCUCCUUUGUGUCCUGGUCUCACCAAGGGGCUCCCACUUCAUAGCUCUCCUUUGCACCGCCAGCCAGAUUUGUGCGCUCUUAUUUCUUCUGACCAGUGCUGCUGCUCCUGCCUUUUGUACAUGUGUUAAUAUUCUGGAUGCUUAACCUGACCUGGAGCCUGAACAAAUUCAUGCAUAAACUUAGUAAAUAGUGAUCUGCACCUUCCCACUUUACUAGAUGCCAUAGGAAACUUUAAUGUAGCAUUACAUUCUUCAUUUCAAAGAUGUGUUCAGUCUAUUAGGUGAAACAAAAAAUGUGCAGGUCAUAAACAAGUUAAAUAACAAAAGGCACUACUUUACUAACUGAGUUGUGUGGUACCGUUGUAUAGUAUAGCAGUUAACUGUGAGCUAGGCUUAUGGAGGAGGUAGACUGGAAAUUGAAGGCAAAGUAACAUUUGAAGAGGCUAUAGCUAGAAAGUUGAGGACCUUCCAAGUUAGUGAACACAUGGAGAUUUGAGGGGAGUGCGGUGCUCAAGGCAUGGAAGCUCCAUGUCCUUGACGUUGAUACCUUUCCCUACACUUUUCUUCCAUCUGGCUGUUCCUGAGUUGUAUGCUUUUAUAAUAAACCAGUAAUCUAGUAAAUAAAA